AUGCAAGGCCAGGGGGCCUUGUCGCAAAGCUCUGUGGGUGUCGGAGUGGAAAGUCAGGAGAAUGGGGAGCUAGUUGCCACGCAGUCGACUGCCGCAAAACAGCGUACGCGGCCAAAAUCAGUAUUUAUUUCUUACAGUUCUUUGGAUCGAUAUCACGCCUUGCAUCUCAAGCGCCUACUCGAAGCAAAAGGAAUCAAAGUCUGGCUUGAUGUUUUUGACAUACAAACUGGGGGUGAAUUCGACUCGGACCUGUUUCAGGUCAUCGGACAACAGGAUUUGUUUUGCCUACUAUUAUCUCCUAAAGCUGUACAGUCAAUGUGGGUCGAAAAGGAGAUCCAGACUGCCAAGGCCAGUCCAGCGCUUUGUAUUCUUCCAAUUAUCUUGAGACCAUGCAAUAUCCCUCCAGAGCUAAAAGACAUAAUCGCCUUUAACGCUACAGAAGGACUAGACCGUGAUAGUGUUCGCGAUCGACUCUUCCGGGCAGUAUUGGGUGACUUUGAUAUCGAAGGGUCGGUGAUACUUAGUGAAAUCGAAAGUGAACUUCAGUAUAACAAAUUUCUUCAAGAUCAAGCAGAAGAAGCCCUUCCGGAAAUCAGGCGAACGGUCGACGCAUCGUCCGCAAGCCCGAUACGUCAUGUCAGACUAAAUAUAUUCCCAGAGACACUCCCUGAAGAUUCUAAUAUCAUACUGGAGCUGAAACUGAAACUCGACACGCUCUUUCACGGAACAAUGUCGUUCUUUAUUGCAAGGUACCGAGAGGGUCGUACUUGGCCUGAAGGAUACGAUUUCAGAGAGCCAGACUAUAAUGAAUUCUUUCUGGAAAUCAAGCCCCGUAUUGACGUUCAAUUCAAAUGGUUUGAUCGCAUUGUCCGGUUGAAGUCAAUUGAUUACGGCAAGGAUUGGGAAGAUCACCCCGAGACAUAUUACAUCGAAUUUGAUGGGACGCAGUUCAAGCCACAUGAGGAUCUAGCGUUUCCUCAAGUGUUUGAAAUUCCCUGCCUACGCACGCUUAUCAAAGAUCACAGUUCCUUCGAGCUUGUCUCACACAACUCUUUAAGCAAGGCAUCAACGCUUGUUUCUGAGGGCACUGAUAUUGCCAUUGAGCUAGUGGGAGAGGUGGCGCAGGGCGAGUGGUUGCAUUUAUAUCGUAGCCACAUCACGAAGGAUAUACAAAACCUCCAGAAAGCUUCGUACUUCUCAUCACCAAAGAUGAGUCCGAUAUUUCGUGAGGCAUUACUAUCCCGCUGCCCUGUGACUAAGGACGGGAAGAAAGGAGACACCUACAAGGAGCUCGAAGAAUCGAUAAUUGCAUCCAUCGAGAAGGGUGAAUACAGUAACGCAUAUGAAGCUUAUGACAAAGCCAGCUUGGCUCUACAGCCACUUGUUAUGUCUCAAGUUCCGACGAUGCGCGAUGCGGUAUCCAUGUACAUGUCUGUCCUACGUAAGGUGGAGAUAUUUUAUCGACAAAAAAGUUUUCAGCAUGCGGAGUGGAUCAUUCCUGCUCUCAUGCGAGUGGCUCGAUCAAUCAGUGAGUCGGAUCCCGAGGAGCCAGAUUUCCAAAGGAUAUGGGCAGACGCUCUACUCGCGGAAGCGAAGGUAAAUAUGGCGCUAGAGCAGAAAUACCUUGCCCUCGAGAGCCUCGUCAAGAAUGUCGAUGUCCUCCAUCAGUUAUACCGGAAGGUGCAGCUGCCAUCCCGGCACCGAGCAUGGAUAGCUGCCUUAUCAUAUGCCAUCCGGACGGUCGCUAUGUGGCAGAUCUCAGCGGACCAACAGUUGAGUGCGUGGAGAACCGAUCUGCGAAAUGAAAUCGGGAACAAUGAUGAAGCCUUCGGAUUACUCACACGACCACCCCGACCUCCUAGCGAGCUGCCUGUAUGGCUUCGAGACUGUACACUCCAGCAAUGGCCAACUAAACCAAUCAAAAGUGCCGCUCUCCGGUAUGCAUUGAAACUACCCGAACGGUGGGACAACUCCUUAACCGUCCGGGGCACGUCGUACGCGAUUGAACACAUUUACCACGGUACACCGGGCAUUGACGCGGAGCGGUUGAUGAUUGAAUUCCUAGAAAACAUGAAUGAACAUGGCGACAUAACAAAGGCCGUGACAGUUUACAUGGCCCUAACAGGAAUGCCUGUCCUGUACGACCUGGUAGCCCAACCGAAGUUGCUACCGGGUACCUGGCAGUACAUGGGUCAACUACCAAGUCUCAUCACAAGGCUAAAUGCUGAUGAUGCUUGUGCGUACAUGGGCCUGGCCAGUUUCCAGGCCUCGUUUAAUCUACUGGGGAGGAUUUAUGUUGUAGUGGUUCGGAAAGGAACAUUUAGGUGGAAGAUCACGCUGAGUUUUCAGACGGCUUGCUUGCCUAGUAUGCCUGAGGACAUAGUCAACUCAAAUGAUCAUGUCCGUGCUGGGGCAAUUCUCGGAUCUUUGCAAUUGCAAGGCCCAGAAGAUACAAACCUGGCUGAAGCGAGAGACUGUCCGGAACAUUAUGCGCAAUCUACUGGGUACAUCCGUUAUCUUACCGUCGAUAACGACCGUCGUCCGGCAUCGAAAACCACCACAAUCACAAUCUAUAAGUAA